UUUUCUUAGACAGCUUCCUGCUGGUACUUUUAUAUCUACGAACGUACGGCUGUACCAAGUCUUGGUAGUGGUACGUAGGCGUUCUUUGGAACGAGAAAUAUGAGAUCAAGCAACAGCAACAGCCCCCAAAACGAAUAGAAUUCAAUUGAUAAAUUGAUUGAUUGAUUGGCAGGUUGGUUGGAAGAGAAGAAGCGAUUGGCACCUGUUGCGGUCGGGGAAGCAGCAAGCAAGCAAGCAAGCACGUGUGUGUGUCUUUGAGAGCAAGCGUUGAGUAGAGUAUGUCGUCUCUGGUCCAACAAGCUCUGACUCGAUCCUCUUUCCCACCAUCCCAUGGUCCCUCCAAGAGCUUUGCCGCGCGCUCUCAAGUCUCUCCAAUGGAUGUGCGAGAUGAUCGAAUCUUUUUCCCCAUGACGCUGUCCACGGCCAAGCUGGAAGAAGAAGAAGAAGUGAUAUUUUCUACUACGAGCGCUCUGACACUGGCGUCGUCUUCUUCCGUCGCCGAUUCGUCGUUUGCCACGGCCAUUCCAAAUGCCUGCAUGUCGGUCGAUUCGUCCUUUGCUACUGCCACACAACACGAUGACGACAUUAGUAGUAUCGACAGUCGAGAAGCACUCAAGGCGCCAUCCUUUCAUAGUCACACGACUACUACUAGCAGCAAGCAACAACAGCAACUUCAUCCGCCGGUCGUCUAUCAUCCCAGUUUCCGAGGGAUCGAGUUCUUAUUGCAAAAGACACAGCAACAACAGUCACGACAGUUCCCGCCGUCGUCGCAACAAUCGUCCGUCUAUUCCUUUGCCACGGCACGAUCGUCCAUUAGCAGUGGGAGCAGUGGUGGCGGUGGGAAACAACAACAACAACAACAACGAAGCACUCCUCGUUCCGGUAACAAUAGUGACAACCAUUCAUCGACCCGCCGCCGCCUUCCGCAACUGUUUGGAACCAACAAGGGCAGUGUGACUACUAGCAGCAGCAACAAUAGUUACCAGCAGCAUAAUCAAUACACCAGUGGAACGGGCGAUGAUGAUCACAGUAGUUGUCACAAUACCAGUACCGAAGGCAGCCUUCAUCAGGAAGAUUUGGCAUCGGGUCGAGUCAUGAGUGGGAAUUGGUUGAUGGGAGGCGAACGGCUCGUCUUUCGAGAUGACAAUUAUUCCAACAGUCUCAACAACAACAACAGUACUAGCAGUGGUGGUGCCAAUACCAAUAAUAAUAAUUGGAACAGCAGCAGUGAUACGGGGACCAUUAGUUCGGAAUACACGGGGACCAGUCAUACGACCACCAGUACGGGAGGAAAUUGUGACAAUGCCAGUACGACCACCCAAGAACGAGAUUGGAAACAAACGCCCUUGUUCCGUUCUUCGCCACUCUUUCCGGUUUCGGCAAAACAACAUCGACAACAUCGAGCCGCGCUGCCUCCGUUGGCAUCAUCGUCGUCAAACUCGAAACGCAAGAGUAAAAACAAAAACAAGACAUCAUCCUUGUGGCCUUCCUCUUCUUCCAUGAUGAUGAUGAGCAGUGUCGGGGGACGAAAAACCAAAUUCUUGUCGCCAUCCCCGCUCCCUCCGUCGCCCAUUCCCACUGUCCGAUCGUUUGAAGAAACACCAAGAACCACAAAUGUCGUCGUGCCAAAAUCUAAUAAUUCAGGAGCAGCCAGCAGCAGCAAAGAACAACCCUUGCUCCUCAACUUGUUACAGACCCACGAGCAGGACAUGGGGCGGCUCCUCGAUCCAUCGGAAGGAGAAGACAGUGUCACAAAGGCCGCAUCGAAUCGGUAUUCAUGCACAAGCGAUGAUGAUGAUACCAGUGCCGGACGAGAAUCGCUCGACUCGUUACGGAAUGAACUCGCAUUGGCGGAUUUAGACCUUGCAUUGGCGGCGGAUCAGUCCUUUGAUAAUAUUGCUGCUAGUAUGGAGCAGCAGCAGCAGCAAGAAGAGGAACCACCAAAGAUACAAAACGACCCAAUGAAUACGUAUGCGUCGUCGCCACCACGGACCACUCCUUCUUGUUGUGGUCUGGUUGAUUGUUCCUUUGAGACACAUGUCAGUCGAGCAUCGGUCCGAAGCGAUGAUGUCACGGUGUCGGCGGCCAAUUUGGUAACACCCAUUCGUCGUGGUCGUGCCACUCCAACAAGAAAUAAUACGACUCCUGCGCCUGCGCCUACUCGCACCAGUGGACCCACGUCAUUGUUCGAUACGGGUGGAGCGAUUCAGUUGCCCUUUCCGUGGUGCAACCCAGGGUCAUUGGCCGUGCCGCAUAAACAGCUGCAUGUGCCUCAUCAUCAAACUCAAGCAGUGCCGUCGUUCUUGUGGACGAAAGAGACCCCACAAAAACAAGAACGCACGAAACCGACGAAAUCUUCCUUAUUGUCGCCCACGCAGAGCGCCAUGCUCUAUCGAGGCUCCAAACAGCCGACGAAAUCUCCUCCUCCUCCUCGAGUGCUGAAUGGCAUGCUGCGGUAUUGGUCGUCCUCGUCCUCCAAGAAUGCGUCCGAUGAUGAUAUUGCCUGCGAUUGCGUCGUAUUUUACAAGGAAGGACAAGACAACAGUCGACGUUCGUGCGAUUGUGCCAAAAAAGAUGCCAAGUUUGUUGUGGUUAACCAGGGAACGACCAACGACGAUGCGAAUGCCACUCACACGAAGAAAACAGCGACAGCAGCGAUUACCACCAACAACAACGAUACUACCACAUAUUAUGAGCUCCCACCACCGGACGAACCCGAAGAAAGAACAAGCCAACGCUAUACCGGAAGGGGCAACAGUAGUAGUAAGGUCUCCAGCAACAAUCUUCCCUUCUCACCCUCCAAGCUCCCUUUUUCGCCCUUUAAGAAACGAACUUCGGCUUCCUCCAAGACCAAGAAACAGGAACAGAAUGUUGCACCGCCUCGUCGAAGGGUUCCCAGAAAUCUACCUCCCUACCCAUCGUCGUCCUCGAGCAUAUGCACGAAUGACUCGCAGCUUUCCAACAAGAAUUCCCUGGUCCCGAAUCCUCCAUCAUCCAGCAGCAAGGCCACAAGGAAAGAGAAAAGGCGAACCUCCACGGAACGGUUUCCACAGACGAGUAAGAAUGGAAAGAAAGUUUGGAGAGAUCUAUUGGAAAGAAUGGACUGGUUCAAGCGCUUGGGGAAGCGGCCAGUCGUUGCAUAA